GUAAUCUGAAAGACCACAGUCUUGUUCAUACUGGUGGUCUGAAAAGACACAGUCUUGUUCAUACCGGUGAGAAGCCUUAUUCUUGUAGUAAAUGUAAUAAGAGUUUUUCAGAAAGAGUGACUCUGAAUAAACACUGUCGUGUUCAUACUGGGGAGAAACCUUAUUUUUGUAGUAUAUGUAAUAAAAGUUUUUCACUAAAAAGUCAUCUCACUCCACACGGUCGUGUUCAUACUGGUGAGAAGCCUUAUUCUUGUAGUAUAUGUAUAAAGCGUUUUUCACAAAAAGGUGGUCUCGCUGCACAUAGUCGUGUUCAUACUGGUGAGAAUAUAUGUAAUAAGAGUUUUUCAGAAAGAUGGCAUCUAAAUGGACACUGUCAUGCUCAUGCUAGAGAGAAGCGUUAUUCUUGUAGUAUAUGUACUAAAGGUUUUUCACUAAAAGGUAGUCUGAAAGUGCACAGUCGUGUUCAUACUGGUAGUCUGAUCAGACACUGUCGUGUUCAUGCUGGUGGAAAGCCUAAUUCUUGUUGUAUAUGUAACAAGUUUUUCAUUAAGAGGUGGUUUGACUCAACAUAG